AUGGCGGCUCAAACGGGAGAAUGUUGCAAAAAAUUCCAGGGAAAAGUUGCGCUUAUCACAGGUAUUUGGAACAGUUGCUUUGUAGUAUUUGCAUAGAUUAGGUCCACUGAUUAGGUCUCACGUGAUAUUUAGGAUGAGACUCUAGUUUUACUCUAGUAAAAUACAUAUAUAGUAUGGUGUAUUGGUGUUUAGGAUGAAAGAGUAUAAAAGUACAGAUAUAUAUAUAUAUAUAUAUAUAUUGCACAGUACACUCCCUAUCAGGGUUUUUCAGUGACUGGUUACAUUGUGAAUAGAUAGACAGAAACAGAACUGACGUGAAGCAGAUGCGAGGUAGACUGUGAGCUAUGCACAAAUCAAAUCGAAACCUUGACACCCCCUCCCCCCCAGCAUACCCCGGGAAUUUGGAUUUUGACAUUUUGGUCAGAUCAAAUUCCCUACAUAUAUUUGUAAUUCCUGUUCAAAUACACCACAUAUUGGGAAAAAUUGUUGUUCAAAUACCCCACCCCAUGUACGGAUUUGAAAGCUACAGCAUUUUGUAAUUUUGGAAUCACAAAGUUUUUCUUUCCUUCAGAAACUCUUCAAUUGUUCAAAGCUGUUUUCUUGUAGCCAACCAAGGAGAAAGUUAAUUUCUUCGCACUUGAACUCAUCCAUUGUCAUUGACGCAGGGUCUUAGCUAGAGGGCCGUGUUGGCCGUGUUAUCGCGGCCAAAAGUGGAAAAACACGGCUAGAUAAAAUGAACGCGGUUUCAAUAUUUAUAUAAGGCCGUGUAGGUUCAUAAAAUAAGGUGGUGCUACUUACAACAGACAUAAUUUCUUCCUAUUUACAUCGUAAGAAAGUUUGUAAAAUCUACUGUUGUUGUUGAAUUGGCAAAAGUGAUUCGUGAUGUUUUAAUAUUUUGAUGGAUAAUGGGAAGUGUAUAUGGUGUCAAAAUGGUUUUAAAUACCCCCAAGAGUUGCUGAAAUAACUUAAUAUUUUAAUGUCAGUGCGCAACAUGAGCGUAUGCUCACCUUGUAUUUGGUUGCAAAGCAUAGAACAACCACAGGCAUUGUCUGUUGUUGGCGAGCAUAACUAGAACCGUGAUUUUGCUAUUCAAGGUAAUUGACAUGUGCACGCCCUGGUCUUUAGAAACACGCCCAAGAUCUAAAAUCCUAGCUAAGACCCUGCAUUGACGCCAUUUUGUAUUCAGCACAACAAGCUGAACUGUGAGAUUGUUGAUGCUCAUUUGGGUUGUUUAAAAAGAACAAAGUCAGCUUCAAGUGAGGUCAAAUUCCCCUAAGCAAAUUCCCACCUUCCACUGAAAAAGGUCAAAUUCCCACCUUCAACUAAACAAGCAAAUUCUCCAGGGGGGGGGGGGGGAUGGAUCUGGCCCCUGACCUAUAUGACCCUGUGGGAGGAAACCGGAGUACCCGGAGAGAACCCACGACUUUCGGCAGAUCGUUGAACUUUUACUCUUUUCACAUGAGGACUGGGUUCGACUCACAUUGAGAAAGUUCCUCAUUAAGAAUCGAACUUGGGACCUAAGAGGUGAAAGGCAUAUGUUCUAACCACUUCGCCACCAAAGCCCCAUAAUGUAGGGCUCAGGGCACAAUGCAACUUAAUGGGUGAACUAGAUACAUGCACAUGGGCAGGUAAUCUCAUUAGCCCAUUGAAGCACCAGCACUCGCUCCUUGACAAGUAGAAUUGUCUGGCAGUGGACAGAGUAAAAUAGUAAAGUAAGGCACAAUUAUAGUGCAAUGCAACUUAAUGGGUUAACCUGUUAACCCCCUAGUUGCCUAGUUGAGAAGUAAAAUAAUGCUGUGUUGUUAAACAGUAAAGACAUGUAGUGUGCCCAGUGCGGUAGGGCUUGUUGUGGCUCAUUCUCUUGUUCACUUCUACAGGUGGUAGUUCAGGAAUUGGAGCAGUAACAGCAGUUCAUUUUUCAACUAUGGGCUGUAAAAUUGCAAUAACUGCAAGGUCUUUAGAUGGACUUGCAAAAACUGCACAAGAAUGCAGAAAACAUAUGCAAACCAGUGAUGUAUGUGCUGUAUAGUUUAAAAUUUUUAACAUAAAAAAUCCUGACAAUCCUUCAAAUCUUAGUCACAUUUCACUGACAAAAUACAAUGUCAUACUUUCCUUAAAAUUCCAAAUCCUAAGUUUUUUUUCCCAUCCUGCAAAACCAAUAAAAUCCCCUCUAUGCAUUGCCUCUGGUCCAUGGUAUGAAACAAAAAUAACUUUGUUUAAUACUAGAUUUCUAACAGUUAAUUAGUAGAGGUCAGUAAGGACCAUCAAUGCUCCAGUGUUACUAUAGAAGGUAACCCACUAAUGAGCAAGACUCUCCCCUUUAACAAGUAAAAUCAUCUGGCAUUAGACAGAAUAAAAUGCAAAAAAAGUAGGGUACAAUUUUUUGCCAAUCAUUGAUCGGCUGUUAUUUCAAGCCCUGCAACACAUAAAAAUACAGCAGUUUCCCUCGAAAUGCUGGAGAGUUAGUAGAUAUGUGCUGAACAUGUUUUUAACCCAGGUGUUGACCAUUGAAGCAGAUGUAGCUAAUGAGGGUGAUGUAAAACGCAUGGUUGAAUCAACCAUACAGCACUUUGGUCAACUGGACAUUUUGGUAAGCCUUGAUUCUGAAGUGUGCCCCAAGUUUGGAUUAUGCAUAUAUAUGAUCAAUUUUAUAAAUUUAUAGCUAAUUAAUGAUGACAAUCCACACUAUCAAUAAUUUGAAACUAUGCUUAGGCAUUAGUUGAAUACUUACAGUUUAGCAGUCAUGUGUCAGACGGUUAACCUUUUUUAUUUUAAAGAUGUGGUACAGUCCGUAUGUAAACAAAGGCUUUGUUUACAUUUCGGUAUCCAAAAUAUUGAAUUUGAUUCGACAACUAUUUAUAUUUUCAUGAUUCUAGAGUAUAAUAAAUUAUCAAGACACAACAAUCAAGCUUUGCAAGAACAUAAAAUGAAAUAAAAACCUAAAUAAACUGUUUGUAAAUAAAGAGGGCUCCUUUGUGCACAUGCGCAGAUCAGACUGUACUGCAUCUUUAAUAAGGAAGCCGUCCCAGCUUACACCUUGGUACCGAAUAGUGAAUUGAUGAUGCUUUCAUGUACAUUGUCCCACCCCAUUUAGAUCAACAGUGCGGGAAUACUGAGCCGGGGAACAAUUGAAAUGGCAAGUUUAGAAGAUUAUGACAAAGUUAUGAAUACAAAUAUGAGGUAGCAUAAAUUCUCUAUAAGUCCUCCAUCCUCUCUAAUAGAACCCCAUAUUUUAUAGGAAUACAUCUAUUAACACCCCCCCCCCCCACACACACACACACACACACACACUUUCACAACAAAGACACACAUUUAAUACAACUCUCUUCUGUCUAAAACCAGAUACAUAAUGAAAAACAAAGUGUUAGAGUAUUAAUCAAUGGACCUAUUCCCUAAUGAACACAAUUUUGAUCUAGGCAAGUCUGGACAAAAAUUUCAUCACAGCUUGAAAGAGCAUCACAAAAUUAGUAAUAUUCUGUUGCAAAGUGUUGUAAAAUGUGGAUUAUAUAGCCCUGCGAAGUUUGCCGUUUUUAAGUCAUUUUGUAUUACGCACGGGAUAUUGAUACCGCUUUUCUGAAAAAAGGUAUCAAUUCCUAUUUCUAUUAACUGUGAUUUCCCGUGCGUAAUACAAAAUGACUGAAAAACAGCAAACUUCGCAAGGCUAUAUUAUCCGCAUUUUACAACAUUUUGCAAUGAAACUUCGGAAUAUUACUAAUUUUGUGAUCUCUUUGAAGCUGUGAUGAAAUUUUUGUAUAGACUUGUCUAGAUCAAAAUUGUGUUCAUUAGGGAAUAGGUCCAUUAACCAGACCAUUUGCUCAAGUCUUGUCCAUCAUGCAAUAUAUGUACCCCAUACUUUUUAGUCUCUCUAGCACCAGACAGUUUUACUUGGAAGGUACUCAUCUUUGUUAUUUAACUUGAUGGGUUAACCGAUUAACCCAUUGAGUGCAGCACUCUCCCCCUGACGAGUGAAAUCAUCUGGCGUUAGACAGUCAGAGUAAAAUAAUAAAGUAGGGCACAAUGCAACUUAAAGGGUUAAAUGCAGGACAUUAAAAUGUCUGUGUUUUUUAGAUCGGUAUUUCAAAUCACCCAACUUUGUGUUCCGCAUCUGGUUAAAACUAAAGGUACAAACAUUUUAUGUAUAUUACAGAUAAUUUUGUAAAUGUUGACAUUUUACUUGAAUUCUAUUUCGAGUUUUGUUUCUUUAAGGAUGUAUUGUGAACGUUUCUAGUGUUACUGGUAUGAGAUCAGUAAGUUUCAUCGCCAGAUCUUUACCGUGUACAUUUUUUACAAAAACUAAUCCCUGUUAGGUCAUAAAAAUGUAUAUAAUUUUUCACUUGAGCACUGCCCUAGCUUGUAUUUCAAGUAUGAAAAUGCUCCCAGGCUUGCUCUAAAUAUCACAUAACCAAUCUAAACACCCGUAUAUCUGUAUUUUAGUUUGCAGGAGUGUUACCUUACUGUAUAUCCAAAGCUGCAAUGGAUCAAUUUACUCGUUGCAUCUCAUUAGGUAAACAAUUGUUCAGUUUGGCUGCAGACUAAGUAUGCAUAUUUUAUCUGAGUUAAGCCUAUAUAUAGUUACAGAUACCUCUCUAAUAUGAGAACCUCUCUAAUAUGAGCAACACCUCUCUAAUACCAACACCUCUCUAAUAUGAAGACCUCUCUAAUAUGAACACCUCUCUAAUACCACACCUCUCUCUAAUACAACACCUCUCUCUAAUGCAAACACCUCUCUAAUAGGAACAUUUCUCUAAUAGGGACACAUCUCUAAUAUGAACACCUCUCUCAUACAGACACCUUGCUCAUAUGAACACCUCUCUCAUAGGAACACCUUUGUAGUGCCAAAUAUUCUCUAGUAUGAAUGCCUCUCUAAUUUAAUUGUAAUCUUAUAGAACUGGCUGAGAAACAAGUGCGAGUAAACAGUGUAAAGUAAGCAUAUAUUGAAAUGAUACAGAGGGACUUGAACAAUUGUGCGCAUUUUAUUUUUUGAAUGUACGAAAAUCACACCAUACAUGUAAAGAUUUUUAAUAAAUAAAAUAUACUUUUUUAAAUUCCUAGUCCAGGAGUCAUAAAUACUGGUAUGCACACACGAGGGAUUGAACCUCUAGACCAAACUACAUUUGAAAAGGUAAAAUUCUUGUUUUGCAACAGCCGUUUUGAGCUUGUUCGAUUUUUGACCAAAUUGCACUCGAUUCUCUUUCAUUAAUACUGUGAUUUCUUGUUUAGUUUUUAGAACGAAGUAAAACAACGCAUGCAUUGGGCAGAGUCGGUGAACCUGAGGAAGUAGCAAAGACAAUUGCAUUUUUGGCAUCAAGUGAUGCAAGUUACAUUACUGGUGUGACUGUCCCUGUUGAUGGUGGCCGGCAUGCUAUGUGUGCACGUUAA